AUGCCAAGCACCGGCACCAACCCCGACUGGAACUCCAGCCCCAGCACCAGCCCCGGUGGUGACACCGACGCCCGCACCAACUCCAGUCCCGACGCCAUCGCCGGCACCAACACCUUCACCCACCGUUGCCCCUGUCAAUCCGCCAUCUCCGACGCCGCCUCCCAAGCGUGCUGCUCGCAGCUCUCCAGCCUCCCGAGCGACACCGCUGCUGUCUGCCUUUGCGAAGCCAUCAAGGUUAAUGCUCUCGUCAAUCUGAAGGUCAAAAUCCCCGACAUCCUUAAAGUAUGCGGGAAGCUCUUGAACCAGCAGUGCUGCUCGCAACUCUCCAGCCUCCCGAGCGACACCGCCGCUUUCUGCCUUUGCGAGGCCAUCAAGGUGAAAGCCCUCGUCAAUCUGAAGGUCAAUGUCCCCAACAUCCUAAAAGCAUGCGGCAAGGUUUCCGCUGUAACUUGUGUUAAUUAA